AUGUCGAACAGCACCUCCAUCACCCACUUCCUCCUCCUGGCGUUCGCAGACACACGGGAGCUGCAGCUCUUGACCUUCGGGCUCUUCCUGGGCAUCUACCUGGCUGCCCUCCUGGGAAACGGCCUCAUCAUCACCGCCAUCGCCUGCGACCACCGCCUCCACACCCCCAUGUACUUCUUCCUCCUCAACCUCUCUGUUCUUGACCUGGGCUUCAUCUCCACCACUGUGCCCAAAGCCAUGGCCAAUUCCCUCUGGGACACCAGGGACAUCUCCUACUGGGGAUGUGCUGCACAGGUCUUUUUCUUUCUCUUCUUUAUGUCCUCAGAGUGUGCCCUUCUCACCGUCAUGGCCUAUGACCGCUACGUUGCCAUCUGCCACCCCCUGCACUAUGGGACCCUCCUGGGCAGCAGAGCUUGUGUCCACAUGGCAGCAGCUACCUGGGGCAGUUGGUUUCUCCAUGCUAUGCUGCACCCGGCCAAUACAUUUUCCCUCCCCCUCUGCCAGGGCAAUGCCCUGGACCAGUUCUUCUGUGAAAUCCCCCACAUCCUCAAGCUCUCCUGCUCACACUCCUACCUCAGGGAAGUUGGGCUUCUGGUGGUUAGUGCCUGUUUAGUCUUUGGGUGUUUUGUUUUCAUUGUGGUGUCCUACGUUCAGAUCUUGAGGGCUGUGCUGAGGAUGCCCUCGGAGCAGGGACGGCACAAAGCCUUUUCCACGUGCCUCCCUCACCUGGCCGUGGUCUCCCUGUAUGUCAGCAUUGGCAUAUUUGCUCACCUGAAGCCCCCCUCCAUCUGCUCCCCAUCUCUGGAUGUUGUGGUGGCAGUGCUGUACUCUGUGGUGCCUCCAGCAGUGAACCCCCUCAUCUACAGCAUGAGGAACCAGGAGCUCAAGGGUGUCCUGAGGAAAGUGGUAUCAAGAACUUUUUUCAGUAGUCAUAAACUUUACAACUCUUUCCACAAGUUAGUCCAGUGGUAA